AUGGACAAUGUUAAUAGAAGUGAAGAAAACAUAGGUCUGCCAAAUAGUUUUGACAAUUUAAAGUAUAUCGUUAAUUAACUAGUAAACAGGAAAAAUAAUCGACCUUCUCAGUAUCAGAAAGUUGACGAGAAUAUUAGAUAAUAAAUUAUUGAUUAAGCUUGUAACAAGGGAUAGCCUCUAAGAUAGAUAUCCCAAUAACUUGGAAUCAAAUAUUCAACUGCCAAAGCCAUCGUCUAGGUGUACCAAAACGAAGGAAGGAUAGGCAAAAAACGCAACAGAGAUAAACGAAUUUUCUAAGAAAUUGAAACCUUUAUGGUUGUUGUUCACAAACAAUCAGGAAAAAUUGAUAAGCUGAAACACAAGUCAGAGUGCAGUGAUUUAAAAAGCAAUUUGGAAUGUUCUAAAAUGAAGUAAUAGUUUAACUUAAACUUACAAGUCUUGAGAAAGCUCACUAUUCCUAACUAGCUCAGUAUUUUGAAAGAUAUAAUCUUAAAGAAGUGA